GUAAGUAAGAAAGCUUUGUUUUUUUUGUUUUGUCCCACAUCGAACCAUCUGCUAAAGCCGUAAGAAAAAAAAAGCAUAGGACCAUCUCCCAAUUCUAAUUGAGUUUGUGUACCCACAUCGAACCAUCUGUGUUGUGUUCUCUACUCUUCUUCUUCUUCUAUCGGAAAAGGGCUUCUGAUCCUUUAAUUCGGAAAUAAAUAUCUCUAAUUUCUUCACUCGAUUUCGCAAGGAUCAAGUUAGUCUACAGUCUCUGUGCUGAUUUCUUUUAAUAUUCGUUGAUUUUUUUUUUUUUUUUGUUUUGUUUAGGCAGUUGAUGGAGAAGCUGAAGGAGGCUUUGAGUUUUAUCUGCUCAUAUAGUUUCUGGAGGAUGGCUUUGUUUUGGAACAUUGCCCUCCUUUUUUCUUACUUUCAAUUGCGUAAAAAUAGUCUCUUUGGCUCUAAAUCAAGUUCCUCUUCUUCUUGCUCUACUCAUUCAUUCACUACUAAUUCACACAGCCCUGUUUGUGUUAUCACUGGUGCUACUUCGGGCCUUGGUAAGGCCACUGCGUUUAAGCUUUCCAAGAAAGGUUUCUACGUUGUUCUUGUUGGACGGUCCUCCCACUUGUUAUCAAAGACCUUGAGUGAAAUUAAGAUGGAGAAUGAAGAUGCACAACUCAAAGCUUUUGAAGUUGACUUGUCGUCUUUUCAAUCAGUUUUGAAGUUUAGGAACUCUCUAGAGCAAUGGCUUUUAGAAGCUGAUUUACAUUCUUCGGUACAACUCUUGGUGAACAAUGCUGGGAUACUAGCAGCAUCGAGCCGGCCAACCGUUGAAGGCUUUGACAGGAUGAUUGCUACAAAUUAUGUCGGCGCUUUCUCUUUGACCAAACUUCUCUUACCGCUCCUGAGAAACAGCCCUGUGCCUUCACGAGUUGUGAAUGUUACAUCUUUUACACAUCGUGCUGUUUUUGCUGGAAGGUUUGACAUGGAUUCUGUUACUGGAGUAAACUUUUCGAAAUCAAAGCAGUAUCCUUGUGCUACGAUCUAUGAGUAUUCUAAAUUUUGCCUUCUACUCUUCUCGUAUGAGCUGCAUAGACAGCUUCACCUCAUGGAUGAUUCUCAUCACAUCUCUGUUGUAGCGGUGGAUCCAGGAGCAGUAAAAACAAACAUAAUGCAUGAGCUUCCUUCAUACAUACAAGUCAUAGCGUUUUGGGGCCUCAAGAUUCUUAGACUCAUGCAGUCCUCAGAGGAUGCAGCUGAAUCUGUCAUUGAUGCUGCUUUAGCUCCACCUGAAAUAUCAGGCAAAUAUUUCUUUGGAGGAAACGGCAGGACCAUUGAAUCUUCAUUGCUUUCCCGUGAUCCGAAACUGGCUAAGGAACUCUGGGACACAUCAUGUCUUAUAUUCAACGAAUUGCAACAAACUUAUACUGGAUAAUCAAAAUCAUCUAUACAUUUGUCUAAGUUUUCGCUAAUGACGUAAUCCUAGGAUCCAAACUUCAAAUUCUAGUUCAAAAGAUUUUUUGUCAAUUUUUGAGCCAUCCAAAUAAAAGUGUGAUCAGGCCAACAUGCUGCUUUCAA